AUGCCUGCCGCGUGCUGCAAGGGCCCCGGCUACGCCACCCCUCUGGAGGCGAAGGAGAACGGCCCCCGGGAGGUGGUGGCCCGCCUGCCCACGGCUGUUGGGGAUGAGCUGCACCACACAGGCUGGAAUGCGUGCAGCAGCUGCCACGGGGACCCCUCCAAGGAGCGCCGCUUCCUCAUCGUGCCCGCCUUUGGCAGCGGCCGCAUCUACGUGAUCGACGUCAAGGACCCCACUCAGCCCAGGUGGACGGCGCAGCAGCAGGGCGCGGGGGAGGGGCGAGGCAGGGGUUAG